AUGCUACAAAUUUAUUUUAUAUUAUUUUUAUUAAAUCAAAGUGUUUUUUCGUUGGAAGAAGACGAUUCAACGCCGAACAAUGUCGUCGGCCAGCCAUUCGUCAGCUGUGCAGCAGAUGCAAUUUACAUAAAAUUUAAGACAAAUGUUACAUUUGAUGGACACGUGAGUGUCAAGUAUACUCCAAAUCAGUAUUGUUAUCAAGUCUUAGUAACUAAUAAUCAGAUUGAACUGUUGAUUCCGCACGAAGAAUGCUCUGUCUCAAGACGACGAUCUUUGAAUCCUCGUGGUGUCGUAAUGGAUGUAACUAUGUCGGUUUCGUUCCAUCGCGAGUUUACUACAUCUAACGAUAAGAUAUUCCAUUUCAAUUGCUUCCAUCUGCAGAAAAAUGAAAGUGGAAGCUCUACACUACCUCCAGCAGAAUUACAUGCGGGUCCACGAUGCCAAUAUAACAUCUUACAAUCCCCUGGUGGUCGAGCUGUCGGGACAGUCUCGAUGGGGCAAACCGUUUACCAUGAAUGGACAUGUGAUCAUGCGACUGAUUCAUGUUUGAUUGUACGCAACUGUGCCCUUGUAGCUGGCCAAUCCAGACAUAAUCUGAUAGGACAAGAUGGAUGUUCGAAAGAUCAAACGAUAUUACCAAACUUGGUUUAUAGAAAUCAGACAUACAUUUCACAAAAUGUCUCUGUCUUUGGUGUCUCUACAGCUUCGUUGGUGUACUUCGAAUGCGAAAUACUCUUGAUCCCUUCAUUCGAAGACGAUCAGUGUCAGAUUCCAAACUGUCAAACGGAGAAUGAUAGAAAGAAAAGAAGUAAGGAAAUCCAAUCAGAUGCUGUCAUGGAGGUUCGUUCGCAACGAAUAGAAAUUUCCGAACUAGAUCCUAUCGCAGAAGAGGAUCCCGUAGAACUCACUAAAUGUGAAGAAUCUCAACCACAGGUCUCUCAAUCGGAAGAGCUGUGUGUAUCAUUGAGCACAUUCGCUAUCACCCUAUCUCUAAUCGUUUGUAUCGCCUUGUUCGUCGUUCUCAUAGCCUCCAUCGCUCUAUUACAACGUUACAAGUAUUAUAAUGUAGCAAACAACUCCUCAUAA